UAAUGAGGUGUAAUAUAGAAAGAAGCAUGUGAGGGCAAAGUUCAUUAGGUGAUGGACUAGCUGGACCUGUUGCAAAGGUGGAAGGUUGACCAUAUAUAUAUCAAUUUAUUUCUUAUGGGGAGGCAGAAAGGGUGAUAGAUUUUACAGUGUAAAACAUAAAGUGGUAUCAACCAAGCUUCAGUAUGAAAAAGACCGAAUUUGUAGUGAUUUAACAGACCAUGAGACUGCAUAUCCUUUAAGCAAAUAUUCAGGUUGAUAGUCAAGGGCAGAUAAAAAUGGUUUUAUAAUAAAAUUUACAGGUUCAAUCUAUCUUGUUGCUGUGCCAGCCUCAACAUGCAGCAUGCCCUUUGACAGACAAAGGUGACUGCUUUAUCUCCUAUCAGCGUGUAUGGAUGCUAGCUAGAGGGGAAGGAAGAAGUGAGAGGGAAGCUACAUAUGUUCACUUUAAAGGGCACAAUGUAGAGAUUGUCCCUCCUCUGUCCAAAUCUUUUUCUGGCCUGUAGCCAAGGCUGAGAAAUCUAGUGUUUGGUAAGAUGGGAAUGCACCCAACUAAAACUGGUAUUCUUACUCAAUGGGUGGUUCUCUGCUUCAGGGGAUACAGUAUUUCUCCAAUUUCUCAAUUAGAGGGUGACUCAUGAAUGGAAUGAAAGAAUGGAUGAGAUUGUAAGGGGUUCAGGAACACAACAUUCAACUAGAAGACUAAGCCAAGCACAGAACUACCUAACUACUUAACUAUAGCGAGGCUAUGUGUAGGGACCACUUUGAUUUGUGAGCAAAAGAAGCAGACAACCAAUCAUCCUGACUCCUCUCUGAAGCUUCCACAUUAAACAAACAAAUAACAAUGUUUCGUGAAAUUGAACAUAGUGGUACAUUUGGGCUAGGGUAUGUGUUCCCUUCAGCCAAACGCCUCUGAUAAGUCUACACAGUUGGCCAAGAAAGGUUUGUUCGUGGUGCUGGGAAUGGAAUGCUUAUUUUCCAAAGUGCGAAAGAACAGCCUCUGGAAAUGGUUAGCAGAUGCUGGAGACGCAAGCAUCGUAUGCACACACAUGAGUGCUCAUCUAUUAAGCAAAGAUUUCCCAUUAUUUUCUUAGCCUCGAUAGGCAAAGUGGAGCCUUGGGAAGCUACCUCAUUUUUCCUGUCUCAAAGAAACUGGUGAUUCAGUGGUCACAGGAGUUUGUAAUAAAUAACCUACAUUGAUUUCUCUGUUCCAGAAUGAUUUUGGCUUCCCUUCCUCCCAGUGGUCUGAUGUUUACCCCAAGAGACAGUGUUAGGAAAUCAUUUACAAAGUGGUACAGCCUCUCCUUCUGGUAUAGUUAUAAAUACAAGGUUGGGCUGGGACUGAAGCAAGGGAUCCAGAACUUCUCAUCGUGAUUUUUCAGACAAAACUGAGUUUUCCUAAUGUGAAAAUCCAGGUCCAGCAGCAUCAAUAGCCAUGGAGAAGCUGCUGUGGUGCUCACUGGUCAUGAUCGGCUUCUCUCAGGCUUUUGCCCAGAAAGACAUGUCUAAAACAGCCUUCGUAUUUCCCAAAGAGUCAGCCAAUUCCUAUGUAUCCCUGGAAGCACAGUCAAAGAAGACAUUGAAAGCCUUCACUGUGUGUCUCCACAUCUUCACGGAACUGAGCACAACCCGCAGCUUCAGUAUUUUCUCUUAUGCUACCAAGAACAGCCCUAACGAAAUCCUCAUAUUUUGGUCUAAGGAUAGAGGGUAUGCUUUUGGAGUGGGUGGGCCUGAAGUACUAUUCAAGGCUUCUGAAAUUCCUGAAGUUCCAACACACAUCUGUGCCAGCUGGGAGUCUGCUACAGGGAUUGCAGAGUUAUGGGUUGAUGGGAAACCCAAGGUGCGGAAAAUUCUGCAGAAGGGCUACACUGUGGGGACAGAUGCAAGCAUCAUCCUGGGGCAGGAGCAGGACUCAUAUGGUGGUGGUUUUGAUGCAAACCAGUCUUUGGUAGGAGACAUUGGAGAUGUGAACAUGUGGGACAUUGUGCUGUCUCCAGAACAGAUAAACACAGUUUGUGUUGGUGGGACACUAGACCCCAGUGUUUUAAACUGGCAGGCACUGAAGUAUAAAGUACAGGGUGAUGUGUUUAUUAAGCCCCAGCUGUGGCCCUGACCUACUGUUGUGAGCCCUGAGACAACCCUUGGGAUUACAUUGUCUUCCUUGUCUCUGGUUAUAGACCUUUUAACCCCAACAGAUGCUGUAGUUCUAUUCUGUGAAUAUGGUCUUUCACUUCCCUGCUCUGCCUUCCUCAGCACCAGAGCAUGCAAUUUAAGUGUAUGGCUUGGCAGUAUGUACAUCAUAUUAGGAAUAUUUAUCAAAGAGAAUCCUAAUUACAUGUUUUUGUUUAUAUACACACU